AUGAUAGCUAGCCAUGAGAUCCAAAAGAAACAAGGAUUGUCAAAACUAUCUCACACAGAAACUGAUGGCGAUCUUACAAUUUCAAAUCAAGACGAAUCUAUACAGCAUAGCGUAGUAUUGGUUGAAAAUGCACUCUCUGCUACUCGAAAAGAGAUAAAGAAACUUUUCAGCCAAUUCGGAGAAGUGGAUAAGGUUUGGGUUAAAAGCAAUUCAAGCGAAAACAUUAAAGACACUUCAUCUGGAGCUUAUUGCGUUUUAUACAAAAAUAAAGAAGAAGCUUCUUUAUCUUCCUCUCUUAAUGGGCAAGAUUUCAAGGGAAACAUUCUUUCAGUAUCAAUUGUUAACAAACCAGAAACAGAAUUAACGAUGACCCCCCCCUCAAUCUUCAUGUCUGCAGCAAAAAUUUUUCGAAAAAAAUUUUCAUGCCUAUGCAACACAAACAUUUUUAUAAAAAAAAAAAUGCAUUUUUCUCUAGGUGAGUUUCUCAAAAAAAAACCAUAAAACAGCGCUGCUGUAGGCGUGCCAAUGACUUUCUCAUCGAGAUUUAGACGGCUAUUGUGAUCGCUCGCCAUUUUAUUAAAUUUAUCUAUAGAAAUUGUCCGAGGAUGGCACUAUCUUGCGCCAUCCUCGGGCAAUUAUUAUAGCUAAAACGUACGGAAAAAUUUAAGAUGCGCUCGAAAAUUUGUUGCAAGAGGAUUAGGAUUAGGAUAUUACAGACAGGCGCUAGCCAUAUUGGUGGCGCAGCCACCAAAGACCUCCCAUAUGGAAGCUUCUACGGCUUUUUGACUCCAGCCCAGAGGGUCGAUCCCUCUUACGAGUGCCCUUCCGGUACCUUCUGUCUCCUCCUUGCUUUGCGGCUUCAGUCUUGAGUAGGUGGCUUAUGGAUUUCUGCGGCCCUGCUACGGGCGAUAGGAGUAGCUUGAUUCCAAGGAUUUGGAGUCUAUUGGGUGUCAGAGUGCCUUCCUUCGACAGCUACAGGAAAAAGACUGUUCCCCUGUGACCUGGGCGGAAAUCCCCAGUUUCUCGGUAGAGGAAUGCCCAUGGGUCCUCGGAUCCAAAGGACGUUGUUGAACGCAUCUAUUUCCAACCACAGGAAAGCAGCCAAAACCUACCCGGAUACACAUUUCUUGAGCCUGCGUCUGAUUCUCGGCUAGAGUCCGUCCCAGUUCGCCAUAGCCAUAGGUUGACAUGAAUUUACAUACAUGUUGUAAAUUACAGUAAAUUUUGCUCCUACAAAAGUGACUGUAAAUUUUUUUUUACGAAUUUUGCAUGAAAAAACAACAUCGGAAAAAAAUUUUUUAAAAGUGUACCUGAAUUUACAACAUCAUAAAAUGUUUUGCCGUUUUUGCAUGAAAAAACAGCAUUCAAAAAAAAAGUAUGAAAUCGUUAAUUUAUAAGAUUAAAAAGAGAAAUUUCUGAAUAAAAUAGAUUAUAAAUACUAGACUCCUUAUUGAUUAUUAGGCUAUAUAAUAAAGAUCAAAUGAAUAAAGAAAGUAUAUUGCACCUAAAUCAGGGCUUGAUUUUGCUAUUUAAAAUUUUUAUGCUUCAAAAAGUUGCAUGAAAAAACCCGGAAAAAAUUUUAAAGUUUAUGUGAUGUGCAUACAAUCGAGCACUCAAAAUAAUGUUUAAUAACAGAUAUAUACUCUUCUAGCAAUUGUAUCUUUUUCUUUUAAAACUAAAAGCGCUUUAUUCCUAACAAAUAAUAUAGGUAAUGUUUAAAAAAAAAAUUAAGCGCUUUCAAUGAAAAAACCCGGAACUUAAUUUUUAAAAAAAAAAAUUUGCAUGAAAAAACCCCUGUGUUGUUUUUUGAAGUCCCAAAAAUUGCAUGAAAAAACCCAUAAUGGAUUUUUUUUCUUGAAAAUUGCAUGAAAAAACAACAAUUAAUUUCUUACUCCCCCCCCCUCCGUGAGUGAACAAAACCAUUAGAAAAAUCGCUAUUUUUUGCCCAAAAACCCACCCUCCAUGAGUGAACAAAAAUGUUUUUAAUAGAAAAAUUUUUAUGGAAACAAAUUUUGAUAUAUAAAUGAUAAUUAGUAUAAUGAAAUCUAGAGCUAAUUCUGUUUAAUUUCAAAAGAAUUGCUUUUUAAAACAUAAAUUUUAUAAAUUAAAUUAAUAUUUGCUUUCCAAUUUUUGCGAAUUAGAUUUUUUAAAAUUUCGAAAAAAAAAUAUUUUUUAUAAAAUUUUUAAUGAAAAAAGGGAAUUGAGGCUUAGCAGUUUUGAUAAUAAUGAAUAUUUGUUUCUACACAAUUUUAACGCAAUUUCUAGCAUAUUUGCAAAUGUAUUACAUACUUUAUCUCUUAUCUCUGGCAAAUACUAUUUUUAAGCGAGUUACUAAAUAAAUGUGCCUAAUUUAGCUUUAUUAUAUUUACUUUUAACAUAAAUCUAGCAUAAAUUGCUAUAAAAACGGAUAGAUCAUAAAGAGAUCAAUAAUUAUUUGUAUCAUUCUAUUAUUUACUAAUUUUUUUAUUUUUACAUAUUAUUUAUUUAUUUAGAAAUUAUUUUUUACAAAAUAUCAAUGGUAAUUUGAUAGUUCAAUAUCGGUACACAAUCUAUCGCUGAUAGCAUUAAAUCAAUGUAUUUUAAAUUGUUUAUAUCAUUUAUAUAUUUAUAAAACCUUAAAUGCCUAUUUAAAUUUAUAAUAAAAUAUAUCAUGUUGUAAUUAUAAUUUUUUAAAAUAUAUUGGAUAUUAGCGUCGAUAGAAAUUGAAGUUGAUUAUUUCUGAUGCGAUUCUAAUUCUAUUUAUCAUGUAUUCGCUUAUAAAUAGCACUUUUGUCUCUCAUGCGCAGUAUUCAUGUAUUUUGCAAAAAAUAAUUUUGUAAAUAAAUAAAUAAUAUGUAAAAAUAAAAAAAAAUUAUUAAAUAAUAGAUUGAUACAAAUAAUUAUUGAUCUCUUUAUGAUCUAUCCGUUUUUAUAGCAAUUUAUGCUAGAUUUAUGUUAAAAGUAAAUAUAAUAAAGCUAAAUUAGGCACAUUUAUUUAGUAACUCGCUUAAAAAUAGUAUUUGCCAGAGAUAAGAGAUAAAGUAUGUAAAUACAUUUGCAAAUAUGCUAGAAAUUGCGUUAAAAUUGUGUAGAAACAAAUAUUCAUUAUUAUCAAAACUGCUAAGCCUCAAUUCCCUUUUUUUCAUUAAAAAUUUUCAUUAAAUUUCCUAAGAAAUUAAUUGUUGUUUUUUCAUGCAAUUUUCAAGAAAAAAAAAUCCAUUAUGGGUUUUUCAUGCAAUUUUUGGGACUUCAAAAAACAACAAGGGGUUUUUUCAUGCAAAUUUUUUUUUUAAAAAUUAAAGUUCCGGGUUUUUUCAUUGAAGCGCUUAAUUUUUUUUUUAAACAUUACCUAUAUUAUUUGUUAGGAAUAAAGCGCUUUUAGUUUUAAAAGAAAAAGAUACAAUUGCUAGAAGAGUAUAUAUCUGUUAUUAAACAUUAUUUUGAGUGCUCGAUUGUAUGCACAUCACAUAAACUUUAAAAUUUUUUUCCGGGUUUUUUCAUGCAACUUUUUGAAGCAUAAAAAUUUUAAAUAGCAAAAUCAAGCCCUGAUUUAGGUGCAAUAUACUUUCUUUAUUCAUUUGAUCUUUAUUAUAUAGCCUAAUAAUCAAUAAGGAGUCUAGUAUUUAUAAUCUAUUUUAUUCAGAGAUUUCUCUUUUUAAUCUUAUAAAUUAACGAUUUCAUACUUUUUUUUGAAUGCUGUUUUUUCAUGCAAAAACGGCAAAACAUUUUAUGAUGUUGUAAAUUCAGGUACACUUUUAUAAAAUUUUUUUCCGAUGUUGUUUUUUCAUGCAAAAUUCGUAAAAAACAAUUUACAGUCACUUUUGUAGGAGCAAAAUUUACUGUAAUUUACAACAUGUAUGUAAAUUCAUGUCAGCCCAUAGCCGCCAAGAAGGCAGGUUGACACGUGUUGAAAAUUAUUAUUUUUUUUAUAUAAAAUUUUAUAUAGUAAUUGCCCGAGGAUGGCGCAAGAUAGCGCCAUCCUCGGGCAAUUACAAUAUUAAAAAAUUGCAUUUUUGUUGCAAUAGACAUGAAGAUUGAGGGGGGAGGUCAUCGUUAAAAUCCAGCAUUUUCAUCAAUAAUUUGCCAUACAAUAUAACAGAAGAAGAGUUGAGGUCAAAAUUCAAAGACUUUGGACAAAUCCGAGAAAUAAAAAUUCCUAGGGGUAAAGAUGCACAAAAAGGGAAAGGGUUUGCACAUGUGGUUUAUUCGAACAAAAAAGAAGCCAAAAAAGCUCUUUCAAUGAACAAUUAUAUGCUAUCAGGAAGAAGAUUAAACGUGACGAGAAUCAAAGAUAAAGAAACUCUGCAAAAAGAAAAGAAAUCCUUGCAGACAAAGGAGCCUGCACAUCAGUCAUCAAACCCAUUUCUUAAUCCAAAAAAACUAACAAAACAAUCUGAUUACACUGACCAAAGCUUUGAUUCAGCAGAAAUUAAAUUGCCUCAAAAAAGAGAGAGAAAAAUAGAAAAGAAACAGAAUAAGAAGAAUGGGAAAGACAUGACGAAAUUUCAACUCAAAAGAGAACAAAGAGGGGAUUGGAACAAAAAAAGGAUAAAAACAAAAAAUAAAGUUAAAAAUAAUUAA